AUGAAAUGCCAGCAGGGAGCAAAGCAUGCGGGCAGCGCGGGCCACGGGGCGGGGGCGGCGCAGUGGGAUCACAGCGCUGGGCGCUUUGUGGGCCGCGCUCGCCUCCACGGGGGACCAUCUGCUCGCUGUCAAUGCAUCACCUGCUCGUCUGGGCUGUCGCCCGGGCAACCGAGGGCGGGGGAGAUUAAGGAGCGUCUGCAGAAGCCCUAUCCUGUGCCCGCCGCUGCCUUCCAAACGAGUUGGCCCCACACUGCCCCACCCUUAUGGACACCUCCGGGCACCGUUCCGAGAGCCCCUCAGUCUCCCGGCAACCACAAUGGGACCAGCAUCGCAAGUGGACCCUGCCCCGCCCUGCCACCAAAGUCAAAGACAGUGACCACAUACAUCUCUUCUCCGAAUCUGCUCUGCCACCCAGCCCCAAGCCCUGGACAAGCCUUCAGCUUAAAAAGGUCCAGAUUGGAAGGCCAAGGAAGCUGGAGUCUGGUGACAGAAGCAGCAGCAGCAACUACAGGCAGACACACUCACCAGCAAGAAUGGAAUGCCGAAACUGCCAUCACCUAUGAACACGAAUGCCUUUCUGCAACUGCAAAUUCCUUUAGGGAAACACAGCGCUGGAAGCCAAGCAGUCAACACAAGGGACAUACAGCGCCUGUUUCAAGCCGUUGCUCUGACACUUACCAACUGCGUGACCUUGUAUGAAGUACCUGAGCUCUCUUGAUUGCUAGUUUCCUCACCUGUAAAAAGCCUCCCCUCAUGUGCUGAGCUGCACAAACCGCCCCCAGGUUCCCGAACAUCUAGGUGUUCCUGUUCCCUGGCUCUGGGUUGGCAUGACCAGUGCUCUGUCUUCAGGCCACAGCAAUGACGAAGGGGACAUGCAGAGAAGUCACCUGACCUUCCAGUGCAGUGAGAACAGCCUGCUGGCUCUGGGAAGAGAAGGGCGUCUCAGCUUCACGAUUCGCUUCCCCGGGACAUGGCUUCAUCCCGCCGCAGCCAACACCAAUGACCUGUUUCAGAAAAACAAAGAUAAAUAAACAUGUCGCUUGCUUCCAGGA